CUCCUGCGACAGCGGCGCACCUGACCAAAGUAAAGACCACCAAACAAGCCGUCACCUCGUACACUUCAGUCAGUGGUGCUUGUUAGGAUGCCACCGCGACACGGCAUUAAAAAGAAGCGAUAAAAAUGGAUAACAGAAAGCGCAAAGGCUUUCUGUUAUCCAAAAGGCAAGAAGCUCUAGAAAGUAACGCGGCCACUGAAGACUGAGCAACUUUUUCAUUAAAACCAGCUAGAGUGUAGGCCAAAUGAAUAAUGUGGGACAGCUCCUCAGCAGCAGCCACUAUCCAGUUUGCUGCUAACAAUGACAACGAAGAGCCAAACCAGCCAUGAGCCCAUAACUCCAGAGUGGACAGUGCUGGGGAAAGUGAGAAGAAAACUGCGCAAGAACAUGGAAAUGUUGGAUCAAAUCCCAGCUGGGGCAAAGAAUGCUAAUAUAGCAGGUGUCACGAUUCAGCAGAAGGACCCAAAUGCAAGACUCUUCCAGGCAGAAGUUCAGAGAAACAUGCUUUAUUCUGACUCUACAACUUGCAAACUUACCAACGAACAGGACUCAGAGAGACAAACCGACCAAGGCCAGAGGAACAGCAACAGGAAGACAGGCAGCUACCGAAGGCACAAGUUUAAAACCCAGCAAGUCUGUAUCCCCACAUGUUGGCUCAUCCAAGCAAAGGGGGGGUGUCAUGACACUUCAUACAGUAGCUCUGAAGCGCCACGCCAGGAAGUGAACCGGGCUGAAGCGCAGUUCUGCAGGGCUCAAACCACUGAUGACACAAACACCGACAGAGGAGCUACACAGCUGACGCAGCACUCCAUGGAACCAUGUCGUCUCUGGAGAUGUGCUGGCCGGUGCCGAUGCGAGCCAUCGGGGCUCAGAACCUCCUCACCAUGCCGGGAGGAGUUUCCACUUCAGGAUACCUCCACAAGAAGGGAGGCAGCCAGUUCAGCCUGCUGAAAUGGCCACUGAGGUACAUCAUCAUCCAUAAGGGCUGCGUUUACUACUUUAAGAGCAGUACCUCUCCUGCACCACAGGGGGCGUUCUCUCUCAACGGCUACAACAGAGUGAUGAGAGCAGCAGAGGAGACGACGUCCAGUAAUGUCUUUCCUUUUAAGAUCGUCCACUUCAGUAAGAAACACAGGACGUGGUUUUUCUCUGCAGCCAGCGAGGACGAGAGGAGGAAAUGGAUGCGAUACCUGCGAAGGGAGAUAGAUCACUAUAACGACAGAAAAGAUCCCCAGAUUUCAAGUGACUCAGAGUCAGAUGCCGACAGUUUCUAUGGCAGCAUUGAGAAGCCCAUGGAUAUUAAGCACCCCUUCAAUAACGCAGAAGAUGAUUACGGGGAGGAUGAUGAUGACGAUGACGAUGAGCCAGACUAUCUGAAGCCAGACGGUGACUGUUCGCCGACAUCGACAGGUCGACCCGCGGUGCCGCCCCCCUCCUACCCUCCUCCCCCAGUGCCGGCAGCAUUCCAGCUCCGUCAAGACUCCAGUCCAGGUUUCCACAAAGGCCCGCCUCCUGCCGUCCCGCCUCUACACAGAAUCCCGACCAGCCCGCUCCCCAAAAAAACCCCGCCCUGUGCCCCCCCUCCCUCCAUACUGAAGGACCCCAACAAAGGCCCGCCCCCUCCUCUGCCCUAUGCCCCCCACCUGCACAGGUCCAUUUCCCCCACCCCUCCGACUCCUCCUCCCCCCAACGCAAAGAAAACUCUUCAGAGCCAGGUGGCAUCAGUGGGGGGGCCUGGGAACAAUAAGAGAGACUGGAGGUCCCAGACCCCCGCCACUCUGCCCAUCUGUGAACAAUUAGAGAGCAGGAUGGUCCUAAAUGGUCCCGCCCACCGCUCCCUUAAUGCUUUGGGGAGCCAAUCAAUGGGCAGCAACCACCACAAGGAGACGAGCCAGCCCCGCAGCAAGCCGUGCCUGCCUCCUCAGGUAAACGUUGGAGGGGCUAACCUCAGACCUGUGAUGUCAGACGCCCCGUCACUCAACAAGCCGCCACUGCCCGGCCACCCUUCCCUCUCUCCUCUACUUAGAGCUGGACUACUAAAUAAGCCGCCGGUACCUAAACCUCCUCCGCCAACAUUGAAACCCGCGCUGCCCGCAGCCAAGUCCAAGCAGCCGGGCACACCGCUUCAAAGAGCAUCUCCAGACGGCCAGAGCUUCCGUUCGCUGGGAGACGAGACGCCCACAGAUUUCAGGAGGAAACGAGACUCGUCCAAACACAGCGGAGGAGACGACUCCGACGAGGACUACGAGAACAUGCAGCUGCCAGACUCCGUGUUCAUUGAUACGACUGAAUCCAGCUUCGUGGAAAAGUUGUUCAGAGAGAGCCCCGUGCCUCCACAGGAUGGACUGUACGCUAUCAGGAACUCAGGAACCAAAACAUCAAAGGUGCUGGUGGUGUGGGAUAUCAGUAUAGCCAAAGCCAGAAACUACCGACUGUUUGAAGAGGCGGACUGUGUGUUUCUGGACAACGAAUUCACCUUCCCCACCCUGGCAGCUGUGAUCGAACACUACUACAGCCAUCCUCUUCCUCACCACGGCUCGCUCUGCCUGCAGAAGCCCUACACAAAGGGCUUCUGAUCAACACCGUCGAUCCGAAGCAGAACGGAGAGUCAGGAUGCCUCUCCGUCAACGACACGUGGAGAUAAUCUCGCUCGCGCAGACGAAAUAGCAGAUCGUACCUCUCACUGUUCAGUGGGAAAGAUCUGCGGUUGCACCAGAAUGCACAGCAAAGCUUCAUGUUAAACAGCAAGGACAGUAACUUUCUGACUGCUCGGACACCAUGGGGUUGUGUACGCAACUUAUGUCAACUGUAAUAACAAGACGAAGUAGAAAAAAACAUUAGCAAUUAACAGUUAAUGGAACAUUAUUUAAAGUGCUCUUAUUAU